CUCGGGUGGUUGGCUUGCCAGUGUGUUUGUCGGUAGUAGUAACGCGCGGACGGGAUCCAGUCCUGUACCUGCACGGAAACCAGUACCGCACAGGAUCGGCAUGAACACUUUACUAUUGACAAUGGCCCUGGCGGCGUUCGUCAGCAGCGCCUGGGGUCAGGGACGUUUCCGACAGCAGCAGCAGGGAUUCACCGGCGGACGAAACUUCCAACAGGGAUUCAACGCCGGUAACGGCCUGCAGCAAUUGCAAGGCAGCAGCUUCUUCCCCGGGCAGCAGCAGCAGCAGCAGCAGCCUCAGCAGCAGUUCACCUCGCUGAACGACGGCCGUACGAAUCGGCUGUUCCCGUUCACUUCUCAGCUGGAGCAGCAGCAAGGCGUGAUCAAUCCCAGUAGCUUCAGAGUCGGUAACACGGACUUCGUCAGCCGAGGUCAGCCGAGCGGGUUCAACACGUUCGGACUGCCACGUCAGCAAACCUUCCAGCAGGGGGGCCAGCAGUUCUCGCAGCGGCAGGGAGGCCAGCAGUUCUUGCAGCAGCAGGGAGGCCAGCAGUUCUUCCCGCAGCAGGGAAGCCAGCAGUUUGUGCAGCCGGGGAGGAACCAAUUCGGCGGAUUCAACCAGCAACAACAACAACAGCGGACGCAGCCGCGGCGCAAUUUCCUCACGAUACGGGACGUGCAGCAGCAGCAGCAGCAACAGCAGAACCGCGGAUUCACUGUGCCUAGCUUCCCGUUCCGCGCUGAGCGGGUCACGCAGCAGCAACAGGUGGUUGUCGGCACCGCUCAGUCGACUUUGCCCGCGCGGACAUUGCAGUCGGUGCUGCCAUCUGUGCCACAGCUGAAGCCUCUGCGCCGUUUUCAGCCAGCGAUUCAACCUCAGACCAACAGCGACAACGUGCAGACAGCUGAGCAGUUCUCACGUCUUAAUCCGUUUGAUAUUCAGGGAACCCUAUCGCAGGCCGUCUCGCCACAGAGAGGGCAGCAGGAGCAGCUGCAAUCGGUGCAGACGCUCAUCAGACCUGAAUCCUUCCGCCAGCAGCAGCAGCAGCAGCAGCCGCAGCCACAGCCGCAGCCGACAGCCACCGUACCGGAUCCACUAAACGUACAGCUGCAACAGCAGCAACAGCAACAACAACAGCAACGACAGCAACAACAGCAACAACAGCAACUGCUACUGCAGCAACAGCAGCAACGGCAGCAAGAACAGCAACUGCAACUGCAGCAACAGCAGCAACGGCAGCAACAACAGCAACUGCUACUGCAGCAGCAGCAACGGCAACAGCAGCAGCAACGACAACAGCAGCAGCAACAGCAGCAACAGCAGCAACAGCAGCAACAACAGCAACCGCAGCCACAACAACGAUUCAUCCAACAACAGACCCAGCAGCAGCCAUUCUUCCGGCAACAAACCCAAACGCGGCAAUUCACUCAACCACAAACCCAGCAACAGCCGUUCUUCCGGCAACAAACACAACAACAACAAUUCCCCCAACAACGACAACAGAUCUUCCAACAACAACAACAACCUCAAUCGAUACAAUUCCGACAAACGGGAUCUCCUCAGGUGCAAGGCUUCGUCCAACAGAACCAACAGCAGCAGCGCUUAACACAACCUCAAACGCAGCAGUUCCGACAAACGCAGCAGUUCGGCACCGGUAGCGUGCAGCAGCCGUCGCGACCGCAAGGAUCGCAGUCUCUCAUACAGUCGGCGCAGACCUUCCAAGAGCGACCGAGGGUCGGCCAACCAGCAAUCGCCGCCAGCCUGCGCGGACUCACGCGCAACUUCCAGCGACCGUCGACAAGCUCCAGCUCGAAUCUACUCAACAGUUUCAACCGACAGAACCGCGGACGUCCUCUGUCCUUCCGACAGGAUCAGGGCGGCAGCGGGCUCGUGCUGCAGAAGGACCCCGCUCUGCAGUUCGCAGGAGGUCUCCAGCUGCUUGGUUUCUCCGCCAACAGCCUCAGCGGUCUGACGUCGUUCGACUUUCAGGGACAGCGAGAGAUAGCGGAGAAGAUCGCCGCCGAGCAGGCAGCGAAGGACGCGCAGAAGCGCCAGGAGCAGGGCACCGGGCAGCAGCAACAGCCACAACAACAACAACAACAACAACAACAGCAGCAGCAGCAGCAGCAACAACAACAACAGCAGCAGCAGCAGCCACAGCAGCAGAUCCAGCAGCAGCAGCAGCAGCAGCAGUCCGCGGAAGAUGCGCCCAGAGUUAAGAGCUUCUCGAGUGGGUUCGCGCGCACGUUCAAGGUCGGAAACGACGGAGCGCCUGAGGACGUGCAAGUCAUCAACCUAUUUCCCAACGAACCGAUCCAGCUCGGACCUCCCCGCCUCAUCGAGCGACCACAGGGGGCGCAGGGAGCGCAGGGCGGACCACGGCUAGGUAUCGCCGUCCAGCCGACCGAGGGGCCCGACGUAACCGACGAACCGGCGACGUCGGCCAAUCUGCCGCGUCUCGUCAGGAUGCCAGGUCCGUCAGACGUUCAGCCGACCGACGCUAGCGGGUAGACCGGCCCGCGGUUAAUGCCCUCCCCCCCCCCCCAUACCCGUUACUCUUACCCUCUGUAAUAGUGAGUAUCAAACCUGACUCUUUGUUACUCGUUCCUCGUGUCUCCGCCUUCGUGCACACUCGCUAUCCGAGAAAAAGAAUUCAGAGACGGUUCCCUUCCCCCCUUAGGUGUCAGUCUAGUGCGUGCGAUUGCUUAGUUUGUUUCGUAUUUUUUCGUUUGCAUGCAAUCCAGUAGUUGGAGGAAACCUGCGUCUAAGGCAGGACGACUAAAUCGGCAAGGUACAGUAAAUAAUCUCAAUUAAUCUUCGAUUAAUUGUCUGUUAGUUUUAGAGUGUGGCGCUAAAUUCGUAUGCAGCGUAGGUGCGGCGCGUGACGCGUUGUACGCAUGCGCACGAACCACAGCGCCUCAAGUGUUUACGCGAUGUUGUGUAGUAAUCUUGGUGAUACAAUAAUUUCUUUCAUAUCGGUGACUAAAAAAACGGUGGUUGACCGUUGGCAAUAUUUUAACAAUUUCGAAUUAAUUGCAAAGGGAAAACAUUCAACGUUGCGAGAGCGACUUAUUCGCUUGGCGUUUUGUUCGUGACUCGGAAGAAGUCUUUUUGGUGCUGAGUCGCGUAUUGUACGAACCAACAGAGAUACGGUCUCCGAAUUUGCGUAACCAUUGAAAUACGAUUUAAGAUAGCGGUGGAUUUUUUUAUGAUUACGCGAGAACUAAAAGGACUGUACGUACGUGUCAGUAAAUGCUCCCGAGUCAACGCUCAGUAUAAGGUGUGCCAGUUUCUAACGAUUUGCAUUAUGCUCACUGCUAGCUUUCAUCUACGUUACCCGGAGCUACACGUUACAAUAUCUUUUUUUUAAAUUUAGUAUGCAUCCUUACGCAUUCGUUCAAAUUAUUUUCGAAUUACUGUUUGCAGUGUACAUAAUAACUCGACGAAAUUGUAUUUAUAGAAAAUAAAUAACCGAUUGAGUCCAUAUUGAA